CAUCGUGAUUUUGCACAACGUUUAUUUCGCGUAAUAUUAUUACAUUUCUUUCGUGCAAACGUUUUCUUACUUUUUAACGUUUUAUAAAGUGUAUUUAUUGUCAAGAUGAGUAUUAUUAAUUUAUCAAGUUUUAUACAAUUAGGACAAUGUGUAGGAAAAAUAUUACGUUUAUCUACACGAGCUAUUUCAGUGAAAUCAUAUAUUAAUCCUUUGGAGAAACCAAAAACUGGUAUAUUAAUGUUGAACAUGGGAGGACCAAAUAGUAUAUCCCAAGUUUAUGGAUAUUUAUUACGUAUUAUGACAGAUCGUGACAUGAUCCAAUUACCAAUUCAAAGUCAACUUGGACCGUGGAUUGCUAAACGUCGUACACCUGAAGUACAAAAAAAAUAUUCUGAAAUAGGUGGUGGAUCUCCUAUUUUAGAAUGGACUAAUAAACAGGGUGAACUAUUAUGUAAAAAAUUGGAUCAAAUUUCACCAGAAACUGCGCCACAUAAAUAUUAUGUAGCUUUUCGCUAUGUUGAUCCUCUUACAGAAGAUACACUUAAUGAAAUAGAACAAGAUGGAGUAGAACGCACAAUCAUAUUUUCACAAUAUCCACAAUAUAGUUGUGCCACAUCUGGAUCCAGUUUUAAUGCUAUACAUGCAUACUAUAAAAAUAGAGAAUUACCAAAAAAUAUGAAAUGGAGUAUAAUAGAUAGGUGGGCGACGCAUCCACUUUUUAUCAAAACUAUUGCACAGAGAAUUAAGGAUGAGCUUGGACAUUUUCCUAGUGACAAAAGAAAAGAUGUUAUGAUUUUAUUUUCUGCCCAUUCUCUUCCAUUAAAGGCAGUAAAUAGAGGAGAUCCAUAUCCCUCUGAAAUUGGAGCUACGGUUCAAUUAGUUAUGCAAGAAUUACAGUUUUGCAAUCCAUACAGUUUAGUGUGGCAAUCUAAGGUUGGACCUUUACCUUGGUUAGCUCCUUUUACGGAUGAGGCAUUAAAGGGUUAUGUAAAACAAGGAAAGAAGAAUUUUAUUUUAGUACCCGUUGCAUUUGUUAAUGAACAUAUAGAAACGCUUCAUGAAAUGGAUAUCGAAUAUUGUCAAGAAUUAGCAGAGGAACUUGGAAUUGAAAAUAUAAGAAGAUCCGCGGCACCGAAUGAUCAUCCAUUAUUUAUAGAUGCUUUAACGGAUAUUGUUGUUAAUCAUUUACAAUCAAAACAGACCAUAAAUCCGAAAUUUUUGACUCGGUGUCCUCAUUGCGUAAAUAAAAAUUGUGGACAGAGUAAACAAUGGUUUGCUCAAAUUUGUAAAUAAUAAAGCUAAUGUAAUGAUAUAAAUUAAGUUCU